AUGAUUUCUUUAAUCAAUUUUAAUCCAGCAGAUAAGAACUGUUUUAUAGAUAGUCCUCGUUCAAUAUAAGUAAUGAGAUAAAGAGGAAUUGCAUGGAAUGAAUUAUUAUGUGUAAAUAAAGAUUAACUAUAAUUAAUGAUGAAGAAGGAGAAAUCAUUAACAAAUGAGAAUUUAGAAGAUUUCCAUAAACAUUUUGAAUAUCGUAGACAAUAAAAGGUGUAUGCAUUAAUUAAAGAUAGAGAAGCUUUAAUUGAAAAAGAAAAAAGAAGCAAAAUUGAAUAAAGUACAUGUAGUUUGAAAUUGCUUAGACCAACAAGUAGUACGACUACUUCCAAAUUUAUGGAUUAAGUUUAAAAGCGAAAAUAUAUGGAGGAAAUAAGAUAAAAGCAUUUAUAAGAAAUGAUGUUAAAAAGGGAUGAAUAAACGUAAAUAAGAGAGGAGAAGAUGGCAUAAUAUGAAGAAAAAAGAAAAAGAAUGCAAGAUGAAAGAUAAAGAGAGUUUUAAGAAAAAUAAGAAAAUAUUGCUAAAUAAAAAAGAUUAAAAGACUUGGAAGAAUAAUAAAAAAAUAAAUAAUUAUAGCAAGUUUAUUUUGAAAGAGAAUAAGAAAGAAAGAUCUAAUUAGAAUUUGAAGAAUAAAAAAGAAAGGAAGAAGCAGCUAAAAGAGAUUAAGAAUAAAGAGAACUUAAAUUAUAAUUAGAAAGAGAAAAAAAAAUUAAAGAUAGAUAAAGAGAAUUAGAGUAUUUAAUAAAAAAAUAAGAUGAAGAAGAUUAAGAACUUAAAAGAUAGAUGUUCUUUAAAUAAUAAUAAGAAUCAAAAAAAGAAGUUGCUUAGAAACGAGCUUAAUCAGCUAAAGAAAGAUAAAGAGAAGCUUAGAAAACUUAAAUUUAAGGUUUAAAAAAAUUAAGAGAAGAUUUUCAAAAAAAAGAAGAAAAAAUUGCUGAAAUUUAAUACAAAUUUUAGAAACAAUAAUAAGAGAAAUAAUAAUCAAUUGAAGAGAAAAAUAGAAUAAAAAAUGAAAAAAUUAAAUAUGCUGCUAAAUAAAAAGAAUACGAGCAAGAAGAAAUAAGAAGAGAGUUUAUGGAAAAGGAAAUGGAUAUUCAAUUACGAUUAUAAUAAAGAAGUUAAUCAAAAACUAGAGAUUAAUUAAUUUAAGAAGAAGUAGAUAGGAAAGAGAAACACAGAGAAAAAGUUAAGAAGAUGAAUAUGUUGUAAUUAGAAGAAAAAAGAAAUAUUUAUUUAAAAAAAAUAGAAGAACAAGAUGAAAAAGUAACAUAAAAUUUUAUAAUAGAUUGAAAAAGUAAAAAAUGAAUAGGAAACUAUAUUAUAAUAAUAAGCAUAUAUGAAAUUAAAAAAAAGACUAGAUUAAUAAGAGGCUAUCAAACAUUAGAAAUAAUUGGAAGAAUAUAAAAGAGAAUAAAUUAGAGAAAAAUUAAGAUAAGUAGAUUUGAGAAUGGAAUAAAAGAAGGAAGAGUAAAGAGAAUUAGAUAGAUUGAGAGAGCAGGCUAAUAGAGUGGAAAUGAUGGGAAAAAAAUAAUGA